AAGCAUGUAAUAAUAUUCUUCAAGAAGAAUUGCUGAUAGCUUUGAAUUUACGGAGCUUCAUUUUCGUCUCAAGUCGGAGUGAUUACUCGUUGUAGAGAAGCAAAGAACGAACCAAUCAAAUAUUGUAUUGAUGAAACAGAAACUUUCGGAGAACUUUUUUCCGUUGAUCUUCUGAACAUGUCAACUGUAGUUCACUCAGCAAACUUUUCAGCUUUUAAAACCAUUAUUGCCUUGGACAUGGACUACUUUUACUGCCAAGUAGAGUUACGCAAGCGACCGGAUAUAGAUAGGAACCGCCCUGUUGGAGCUUUUCAAAGGAACUUGGUUGUAACCUGUAACUAUCCUGCCCGAGCAGCAGGAGUAAAGAAGCUGAUGUUGGUGAAAGAUGCGUACGAUUUGUGUCCAGAUUUGAUUCUUUUGGAUGCUUCUGACUUGAAGGACUAUAGAAUAGCCUGUUCUGAAAUUAUAUCUCUAAUCAAAGAUACCUUUGGAGUUGUCGCUGUUGAGAAUCUGGGACUUGAUGAGUUUUUUAUAGAUGUCACAAAAAUACUUUGCGAUAGAGAGGAAGAGUAUUCCUGUGAAACGUCAAUCAAGGGUUUUUGCUGGCCAGUUGAGGAGCGAGACUCUUGUAUUUGUUUCGAAAAGGAAGAAGCAAAACCUUUUGUAGCAGCCUCGCACCUUUGCUUUGAAAUUCGCGAAACUAUAAAGAGCAAAUUGCAGCUGACAUGUUCUGGAGGUUUAAGCAAUAGUAAAUUGUUGUCAAAGCUUGCUGCUAGUAUACACAAGCCUGAUGAACAAACUGUUAUUUUGCCUCAAUGUGUCGAGAGCUAUUUGAGCAACUUGAACCUUAGGAAGUUACCAGGAAUUGGUUCUGCAACAUAUCAAAGUCUUGUUGAUCAUUUCUUGGUUUCGACUUGUGAGCAGCUCCGUUGUAUACCAGUCGAGAGACUUGUUGAAGUUUUUGGAAGUCGACUAGGUAUUCGACUAUUUAAUAUCUGUAGAGGAAUCGACGAAGAGUCCGUUCAUGAUACUUCCUUGGUCAAAAGCAUUUCAUGUGAGGAGCGAUUCUCCAAGACAGAACGCUGGUCAGAGGUAGAGAGAUAUUUAGGAAUUGUUGUCGAGAGAUUGCUUGAUCGGUUGGUUGAACAUGCCACUGUUUUUGCAGGAAGAUACGGGCGCUUAUUAAUCAUUUCGUAUCUCAGAAGUUCAAGCACAAGACGAGAGUCGAUCUCGUGCAAUGUUCCUUUCGAUGUAAUUCGACUCUGUACUUUGUGCAAUUCGAUAAAGUCGCCAUCUAAUGAUUACUGUGAUAAAUUUUCGAACCUACGAAGAUCGGCUUUGAAACAGUUGGAAGGUCGUUGUUUUGACUUACUCCGAGAACGCCUCGGAAGUGACUUUGUUGUGUGUCUAGUUAGUGUGGGAGUUGGGAAUUUUGUUACUUUGAAUGACGAAGAACCAACUUCUCGCCCCAACUCUAUCGUUUCUUUCUUUCAAAGAAGAGCCCCAAAUUCAACUUGCUCGUACAAGGUUUCCGAGGCAUCAUCGCCAGAAGCUAUAAAAUGCUGCAUUUGUGAUGCUUUGUUAAAUGCGAACAUGUCAAACGAAGAUAUCAAUAGACACAUUGACAAAUGUCUUUCUAUGAAGAGUUUCAACAUAAACAAGACCCAAAAUGCUUUGGAUGGCUUCAUCAAAAGUAGAAAGCGAAAGGCUUCGUCGUCAUCUUCGUAUCCUUUGGAUGGAACCGAAACUUCUUAAGUAAUAUCGGAGUACAGUUCGAAACGAUUGGAUCCUAUCGAAAAUGCCUAAUUAUCCUUGUUGCACAAAUGAAUAUGAUCGCAUGUUUCUAGGAUUUGAGUCAUUUAUUUGAUUAGAUCUGAGCUAAUCAUCGACCACAUAUUCUUUACGUAAAAUCUGUUUUCGAACUGAACUUUCUGUAAAAGGUGAUUGACGGUUCCUCAAGUGGCCUACAAAAUGAAUUUAGUGUGAAAGAA